AUGGGUGAUCUGUUCCAGGCGCAUGUCGAUUCGCUUGUGUUAGAUGCGACCCCGCUUAUCACACAGCCUUACACUCAUUACCAGCACUACGCCAAGGCUUUUUAUACCACACCUACGGUUCUCCAUGAAAUUAAAGACGAACGUGCCCGAGAGAACUUGAAGAUUUGGGAGAGCAUUGGUAGUUUGAAGUUGAGACAUCCGAAGAAGGAGAGUGUGGAACGCGUGAGCAAUUUUGCACGUCUGACAGGUGACUAUUCUGUUUUGAGUGCGAACGAUAUUCAUAUCAUCGCGCUUACUUAUGAGCUGGAGAUUGAGCUUAAUGGCGGUGAUUGGAGAUUGAGAAAGACGCCGGGAGAAGAUGUGGAAAAGGGGGACGCGAGAGAGGCUGCAGAUGCGGCCGAGACAACAGACGUGGCUGAGACUGCAGACGAGAGGCCGAGGGAUGCUAAAAAGAAGCGCAGACGGGGCGGGAAGAAACAGCGGGAAAAGAGAAUUGCAGCGGAGAUUGCUGACGGCGCAAAGGCUGACGAAAUGUUCAACAGGAAGGUCGACUUAGAACUGGAGCAGCCUGCUACGAAUGAAGCUUUUGAGGCGGAACCUCAGGUAGCCGGCAACGACGAGCAGAAGGAGGAUAACGACUACUACGACGACGACGACGGGGAAUGGAUUACACCUGAGAAUUUGACGGAGGCCAUGAUCAAGGACAGUGGCGAAGAUACGACCGGCAUGCUGGUCGGAGACGACAGUGCCGACCCCAUGAAACGACUAGACCUACCCCAGAACAAAGUCGCACUUGCGACAGGGGAUUUUGCUGUGCAGAAUGUGGCCUUGCAGAUGAAUUUGAACUUGAUGAAUUUCAUGUCUGGUCUUCGCAUCAAAAAACUACGCAACUACAUGCUCAGAUGCCACGCGUGCUUUAAAUUGAUACCCAUUCCCAGAGACGGCAAGGCCAAACAUUUCUGUCCCUCUUGUGGUGGCUAUUCCACCUUGCUAAGGUGUGCCGUAUCCGUUGACGCUACGACGGGCGAUAUAGUUCCUCAUCUAAAGGCUAACUUCCAGUGGACCAACCGAGGAAACAAGUACUCGAUAGCGAGUCCGUUGUCCAAGAACUCGCAAAAAAGAGCCGGAAACAAGGGUUUCGUCCACACCAAACAUGCGCAAGAUGUCGCAUUGCUGCGUGAGGACCAAAAAGAAUACGUACAGGCCCUGAAACAAGAGGAUUGGACAAGAAGGCAUAACGAAAAGGUCUUAGAUGACUGGAUAGGUGGCGGUUCUGCGGACAACUUCGUCUCGCCGUUCGCCAUCUCUGGCCUGAAGCAUCAUUCUGUUCGCGUCGGUCGUGGACGUUAUGCGAAUAGUUCCAGAAAGAAGAAGUAA